AUGCUCGGUAGGCAGCGAGAGGCAAGUCGCCGUCGCCGCCAAGAGCACAUCGGACGCGUCCGCCGUGUCCCCUUCCCGCCGGACCCCAACUCGUCCGCGUCCACCAUCAACACGGUGGAGCGGGAGAUUCGCGAAGCCGGCGGCGAGGCCCUCGCCGUGCAGGUGGACACGCGCAGCGAGGAGAGCGUGGUGGCGAUGCUGGACGCCGUCGCGCGCGAGUUUGGGCGCAUCGACGUGAUCGUGUACAACUCGGGCGCCAUCUGGUGGUCGUCGGUGGCCAAGACCCCGAUGAAGCGGUUCCGGCUGAUGCAGCAGGUCAACGUCGAGGGCUUGUACGCCACCGUGCAGGCUGCGCUGCCGCAUUUUGAGAGGAACGGGUGGAGGGGCCGCGUGAUCGUCGCGAUCCAAUCCGCGGCCACGCCCGAGGCAGAGAUCCAAAAGGAUCUCCGCAAAGCAACCAUAUACUCCGACGCCAUCCUCGAGAUGCUGAGGACCCCCGCCGCCGAGAUCAGCGGUCGCCUCGAGCUAGACGAAGACUUUCUCCGCGAGAGGGGCUUCACGGAUUUUGACAAGUACAGCCUAAUCCCCGGCGCGAAACCCCGGCGCAUCAUGCCCGCCAAGCUGCCGGACCUGACGGUGGCGGAGGAGGAUGACGAGGGUGUGAGGAUGGACAGUACGACGAGAGUGAAGCCCAAGAUUUGA